UACUUUUGCAAGGUUAAGAAAAAUAGAAGAAGCUGAGUAAAUACAAUCAGUCAUUAAGACCUGGGAGAAGAUGAUGUAACCACCAAUACAUCCGCCGGUCACUGUCUUGAUGGCUUUGAGGCUUGACCUGGGAGAAGAUGAUGUAACCACCAAUACAUCCGCCGGUCACUGUCUUGAUGGCUUUGAGGCUUGGUUAUGGGAUGGCGGUCACAGUAUAAAUCCUGAACUGUUACGUGCAUUUUCAGCUUCACUUAGACUCUGGAACUACGAAGGGAUUUUUAAAAAGGAGCAAGACCUGGGAGAAGAUGAUGUAACCACCAAUACAUCCGCCGGUCACUGUCUUGAUGGCUUUGAGGCUUGGUUAUGGGAUGGCGGUCACAGUAUAAAUCCUGAACUGUUACGUGCAUUUUCAGCUUCACUUAGACUCUGGAACUACGAAGGGAUUUUUAAAAAGGAGCAAGACCUGGGAGAAGAUGAUGUAACCACCAAUACAUCCGCCGGUCACUGUCUUGAUGGCUUUGAGGCUUGGUUAUGGGAUGGCGGUCACAGUAUAAAUCCUGAACUGUUACGUGCAUUUUCAGCUUCACUUAGACUCUGGAACUACGAAGGGAUUUUUAAAAAGGAGCAAGACCUGGGAGAAGAUGAUGUAACCACCAAUACAUCCGCCGGUCACUGUCUUGAUGGCUUUGAGGCUUGGUUAUGGGAUGGCGGUCACAGUAUAAAUCCUGAACUGUUACGUGCAUUUUCAGCUUCACUUAGACUCUGGAACUACGAAGGGAUUUUUAAAAAGGAGCAAGACCUGGGAGAAGAUGAUGUAACCACCAAUACAUCCGCCGGUCACUGUCUUGAUGGCUUUGAGGCUUGGUUAUGGGAUGGCGGUCACAGUAUAAAUCCUGAACUGUUACGUGCAUUUUCAGCUUCACUUAGACUCUGGAACUACGAAGGGAUUUUUAAAAAGGAGCAAGACCUGGGAGAAGAUGAUGUAACCACCAAUACAUCCGCCGGUCACUGUCUUGAUGGCUUUGAGGCUUGGUUAUGGGAUGGCGGUCACAGUAUAAAUCCUGAACUGUUACGUGCAUUUUCAGCUUCACUUAGACUCUGGAACUACGAAGGGAUUUUUAAAAAGGAGCAAGACCUGGGAGAAGAUGAUGUAACCACCAAUACAUCCGCCGGUCACUGUCUUGAUGGCUUUGAGGCUUGGUUAUGGGAUGGCGGUCACAGUAUAAAUCCUGAACUGUUAUGUGCAUUUUCAGCUUCACUUGUUUCUGCAAUAUCAAUGUUAUUCCAAGUUUUAGUUUAUAAUGUACUAACAUUGUACUUCACUUUUACCGCUAUCUAUUCUUAUCUUGAUCUGAAUUGGGCCCGGGUAUGAAGUCGGGCUAGCGUAUAUCUUUGGGACUUGGUGGUGGUAUAUGCUCCCGGUCACCUUAAUCUUUUGAACUUGGGUGGUUUUCCAUGCCAUUGACUAUAGCCUUCCUUAAGGAUCUUCUUUACAAAACCGAACUAUUGGACGUGGCUCAAUUGAAAAACAAAAAAAGUCCGCCCAAUUACGAUGAGACCACCCAUGAUACUGUAAGUAUUAUAGAUGCUGAUGGCUUUACAAGAAGUGGCUAAUAUUAUUAUAUUUGAAACCUCUUUUAGGCUAGUAUAAUCACAUCUCAAGUUCUUAAAUAAAAAAAAUCUGUAUUUAUUUAAAAUAAAG